UCAACAUCGCUUGACAUUUGUACGUGAAAAGCAAGGUUCGUUUUGGUUUGCUUAUCAGUCAGAGAUGAAUAUCCUUCCGAAGAAGAGAUGGCAUGUCCGGACCAGAGAGAACAUGGCGCGGGUCCGCAAGGACCAAGCGAAAGCGGCGGAGGAUGAAAAAGAGACGCAAAGGCGAAUAUCUUUAGCGGAUAAAGAAGCUCGUAUCGAACUUCUCCGACAAAAAGCCAAAGAACAUUCAACUGUCGUUUCAACAUCCGAAGAUCCUGUUGCGGAAUCAGGACAUGUGAACUUAUUCGCUUCAUUGGAAAGUGGCACUGAAACUGUUACAAAAACCAAUGCCGAAUAUUUGAAAGAAAAGAAAGCAGAGACUGAAGAAUAUGAGAAGAAAAUAGGUUACCUCACAUAUUUAGGACAAGACACAAACGAGGCAUUGAAAACUCGUAGUUGGUACGAAUUGCCUCCGAACCGAUCAAAUACCUACUCAUCGAAAUCUGAUACUGAAAAAGAUAUCAAUAAGAAGUUUUACCACGAUCCUCUUAAUGUCAUCAGAAAACAUUUACCUAACGAAAAUGUCGAAUUGAAAUCGAUUAAAAAGCCAAUUGACUCACAUGCUGGACAUGAUAAGGCAAAGAAUCUUUUACCAGAAGUAGGUAUUGAACAGAAAUCAAAUAAAAGACAGCGUGAAUCGUCCGUUGAACCAUCUUCAUCUUCAACCAGUCCAAGGCAUAGAUUGAAAAAACGCAAAGAACACAAAGCUAGCAAGGAAUAUGAAAAACAGAAGAAGCGGAAGCACAAACAUAACCACAAGAAAAGCAAAAAACAUAAAAAGCAUAAUCGCUCAGACUCUCCCUCUUUUCUACACGACUAUGACUAUAAUCAAGAUUAUGAGGAAAGAGCUAGACGAAAACAGGCAAAGCUUCAGGAGUUACGCAAAAGGCGACUGGAACGAGAGGCCGCUGAAAAAGAGAAGCAAAAAUUAUUAAUAGAAUCCAUUACAGGAAAAUCGGCAGAUAAGCCGGCGGAGCCGGUUAUAGAACGACCACGAAUUAAACAGAAGUAUAAUAAUCAGUUCAAUCCGGAGCUAGCAAAACAGAAUUAUGAUACUGUGUAAAAUAGAUCAAAUGUUGAUACAUCAUAUAAUAAACGAAAAAACCUCUUCAGCAUG